AUGCUCACAAUCCUGACGGCACGCAAGGCUAUUUACAACUCGGAAGACAACCAGAUCAACCUAAAAAAAUGGGUGGCACCAUUCAUAGCAGCCAACGACGGGGUGACCUUCAAGGACCCGGCACUAGAGGCCCCACCGGACAUUAUCCUACGCAUGGCACGCCUGGCUCUCAGCUGCACCACCAUGCCCACUGCGCUGCGCCCCAACUUAAUCAAAGUACUUGCUGAAUUGGAGGCUCUGCGUGAGGAGGUUUGCGGUGCCACCCGUAACCGUAUGGCGAGGCGAAUAGACCGCGAGAUUGACGACGCAAAGGGGCACAGCCUGGAGGAGGAGGUGGCGAAUGCGAUCAGAAUAGGCCCGCCCUCUCACCAUUCUCAUCUCCAUUCCCGUCGCCCUUCCUAUAUUUCUUCCGAUUGCCCACUUCGUUGCCUUCGAGCUCGCCCCGAAUCGGCUUCUCGUCCCCCUUCCUUUCUCCCUUCCUCGUGCCCAAUUCGUUGCCUUCGCGCUCGCCCCGAAUCGCCUCUCGUCGUCCUUGCUAUCUCCCUUCCGUGUGCCCAAUUCGUCGCCUUCGCGCUCGUCCCGAAUCGCCUUCUUGUCGCCCUUCCGUUCUCCCAUCCGAAUGCCCAAUUCGUCGCCGACGCGCUCGUCUUUAGUCGCCCUUCCUCUCUUCUCUCUCACGAGCCACCUCAAUUUUCUUCAUUCUGUCGCGCUCUCUGUAAAUCGCUCUCCCGUCGCCAUUAUUCUCUUCUCCUCCUGUCAAUUACCUCGUCUCCCUCUCAUACGCGCCUCAAAUUGCGCUCCCGUCGCCCUUUCUCCCUUCGCGUCGGCCACCUCGUUGCCUCUGCACACGCCUCAAAUCGCCCUCCCGUCGCCCUUCCUAUCUCCCUUCACAUCGCCCAUCUCGUCGCCCUCCUUGUCCCCGCUCACAUCACCCACCUCGUCGCCCUCUCACUCGCCUCCAAUCGCCGCGAUCGCCUCGCGAUCUCCUCUCCCAUCCCGUCGCCCUGCCCUUCUCCUUCGCCCUCACCGACGCCAUGUCCCAUCCCUUCUCGUCGCCCUCACAUCUCUUUCCACUUAUCGUCACUUCACUUUCUUCCGCCCCUUUCGAUCGCGCUCACGUUCUCCCCUACCUUCCCGCCUUCCUAG